CUCUGACUGCCGGAGCGCCGGAGAGCUUGAAAAUCCGCCGCAGGGGCUGCAUGUAGCCGGAGCAUCAGCUGGAGAAACAAACCCCCGGCACUGAUCCAACUUCUUCUGCUGUUUUUUCCACAUUUCAACCGUCGGACUAAUCAUGGCCGAACACAUGAUGAUGCCCAUGAGCCACGGCUUCAGGAUGGGUAUGAACGGCCCUCCCCAGCACAACCCUCAGCCUGGCCUGCGCACCCUACCCAACGGCCAGGUGAUGCACUACAGGAGCCCCCAGAACAACAUGGAGGCCGCCAUGCGCCAGAGACCGGGCAUGGUGGGACCUGGAGGGAUGGGCGGCCCUGUCGGCGGAGGUCCGAUGGCUAAUCACCACCACCAGAUGAUGCCCGGGAACAUGAUGUACAACAGUCAGGGCCCACCGCCGCAGCACCACCAUAUGCACCCCCAUCAGCAGCAACAGCAGCAGCAGCAGCAGCAGGCCGGACACCCGCAGCAGUACCUUCCCGGAAACCUCACCUCCCAGCAGCUCAUGGCCAGCAUGCACCUGCAGAAACUCAACACUCAGUACCACGGACACCCGCUCAGCUCAGCCAACGGACACCACCUUCCCAACGGUGCUCAGUACCGGGUGGGUCCGGCUCAGCUGUCGGGCAUGCAGCACAUCGGGGGCCCGCUGGGGCUCAACGGCAUGGACAUGGAUCUGAUCGACGAAGAAGUUCUGACUUCACUGGUCCUGGAGUUUGGGUUGGACCGCGUUCAGGAGCUGCCCGAGCUCUUCCUGGGACAGAACGAGUUUGAUUUCAUUUCGGACUUUGUGUGCAAACAGCAGCCGAGCACCGUGAGCUGCUGAGCGCGGCGGCGGCGGCGGCUGGACUCUAGGCUGGUUUUUAGGCCUGUUUGGAACUGGACACCCCAAAGAAUGAGUGAGCGGCCCCAGCAACACAGUGAGAGGAGACAAUCUCUGUGUUGUGUUUUGGGUGUUUCUGUGUCUGUGUAUUUGACAGUGUCUUCGCGCCUUUACACUGACCUGCCUGUGAGCUGAUGAAGAAUUGAAAAUAAUGACAGAAGCCCUGGGUCUCUGUUGCCGAGCGGUGCCAGCAAAUCGUCUUUGGUUGGUCCAGAUUGUGGCACGCUGACACGGUGGGCUCUGUCUGGACACAUCUGGCCCUCAGCACGUGCCUGCAGUGCCAAGGCUUUGGGAUAAUUGUAAAGUUAAACAUGACGGGGGAAGGGAAGGUCACCUGAAAAAGACUCUCCAUUUUGGUCUGCUAGAUUCGUGCCAUUCUAUCUCUGAUGACAUCUUCAACGAGUAGCAGACAUUUUACAGAUUGAAUUUACUAAUGGUAGUCCUCUGAAUUGGUUUAUACAAGGAUGAAGGGAUUAAGAGUCAAGAAUGAUUUUUUUUUUUUCCUGACAUGUGUGAUGUAUGUGCAUAUUGAAGGCUGGCUCUUCAAAACUGAGAAGGUCCCUGUGGAAAAAAAAAAAAAAAAGAGAGAGAUUUCCUUGAAGAGAAGGAGAGUGUGACUGUGCAGCAUUCCUGGGUGACAGGGUUUAUCUGGGAUUGGUCAGGUGAAACGUGCUACAUUGAUUAUUUAGCUUUCAGUGUCACUUACCUGAAUCAGAUAAAAUCUGCCUUCAUUAAAUGUAUCACAUCUGUUCCCUGCUAAUUAACUGUGAUUGAAUCAGGCAGAGUAGAGUAGGUUUGAACAAAGCAUUUAUCUGGAGGAAACCGCUCCAACGUCCACUGCACCAACACAGGCAUUUAGAUGCUCAUCGCAAGGCUGAAGCAAAACAUUAUUUUUUAUUGUGGAUUAAUCUCUUGAUAUUUUCCUGAUUAAUUGGUUAGUUGUUUGAUCAAUGAAUUGUCAGAAAAUGACAACAAAAAUUUGGUUCUC